CCGCUGUUAUUUAAUUCAGUUGUAAACUAUCAGAGGGCUACGCCGCACGCUUUUUUCGCGCUGUUUAUGUAAUUCGCGGAGUUUUAAAUAAUUGAUAUUGUAGUAUAAUGAGUAAUACUCAUGAUAUGAUGAGUGAUUGGGCUCGGGCCCCGCCCCCCUCGGGCCCGGCUUGGCUAAGGGCCGCAAAGGUUCUGUAUAACCCUGACGAUAACAGCAUCUUGGGGCGGACGCCUAAACGAUGGGGUAUAGUGCUGACAUUUUACUUCGUGUUCUACGCAGUCCUGGCGGCCAUGUUUGCAGCCUGCAUGGCUGGGCUGUUCCUCACCCUGGAUAAUAGUAGACCGGCCUUCACAUUACAUCAGUCUCUUAUAGGUGCAAAUCCAGGAAUGUCGUUUCGACCGUUCCCACUGGAUGGCUUCGAAGUCCGGACUGAUGUCGAGAACGCCACAGAGGUCUACAUAAAACAGCUUGAUGACUACCUAAAAACCUAUCCCAACGCAAUACCGACGGGUAUGGAGACGUGUGUUGGACCAGACAGAUACGGGUUUCCUCGGUCGCCGUGUUUCUUUAUCAAACUCAAUAAGAUUUUCGACUGGGUCCCGGAAUAUUAUGACGUCAGUGGAUUGCCGGAAGAUAUGCCUGAUGACCUCAAGGAACACAUAAAGGGUCUAGACCACUCCCAGACCAAAAGCGUAUGGGUGUCCUGCUCCGAAGAGCCCCAAUCAAACGGGACCUUGGGUACCAUCUUCUCAUACCCGUGGGGUCGGAGUUUGGUCGGGACCUUCCCUUUCACCAACGGGCCGGUUGACAUUGGUCCAUUCUUGCCCGUUGUGGUCACUCCUCCUGUGAACAUCGCAGUAAACAUCAGAUGCCGCGCCUGGGCAAAGAACAUCAUCUAUAAGAAGAGCUUGAAAGAGCCGUCGGGUUAUACAAGGUUCAGGCUGUUUUUAGCUGCAGACGAUGCGACAGAGACUACGACAGCAGAACCAUAAUCUAUAGUGAUAUUUUUAGAAGUCUAGGAAACUUUUAUGUAUUAAUAAAAAGUCGCAUGCGAUUUCCGCAUGGAAACCCUAUCAAUUCCGCGGGAACUCCGGGAUGAAAAGUAGCCUAUAUGUUGUUCUGGGUCUUCAGCUACCUACGUACCAAAUUUCAUCGUAAUCGGUUCAGUAGUUUUUGCGUGAAAGAGUAACAAACAUCCAUACAUACAAAAUUUGGCAUUAUAAUAUAAGUAGGAUUACUGAAGGCCGCCCGCGACUUCGUCCGCGUGGAAACCUUAUCGUAACGUAACAAUCAAUCCUGCGGGAACUCUGGGAUAAAAGCAUGUGUUGUUCUAGUUCUUCAGCUACCUACAUGCCAAAUUUUAUCGUUAUCGGUUCAGUAGUAUUUGCGUAAAAGAGUAACAAACAUCCAUACAUACAUACAAACUUUCGCAUUCAUAAUAUAAUUAGGAUUAGGAUAUCUCUUAUCAAAGCCAACUUGAAAGUAAAAUUGUUAGCUUUAAAAAAACUCUGAAGUCUUUUAUGAAAUCGGAAUAUAAGAUUUUUUUUUUUUCAAAUGUGUGAAAUCCUCUUUACAUUAUUUAUGGUGAAUCGAAAUUAAGGAUUUUUUUUUCAAAUGUGUGGAAUCCGAGUUGUCAUUUGCAAUUUUAAUGGUGUAACUAAUUAGUCUCGUCUGCAUCAUCAAUGAUACGGCCUUUUUACUGAGAUGCUACAUGGAAUGUAAAUUUAUUAAAUAGGUAUCCAACGGUGCCGUGUGGUUCCCGGCACCAAUGGAAAAAGAAUAGGACCACUCCAUCUCAUUCCCAUGGAUGUCGUAAAGCGACUGAGGGAUAACCUAUAAUUGGAAGUAUUCUUUUGAGGCGAUGAUGGUCUAGCCAAUUGUCUUCUAUUUAAAUCUCAAUUCUAUCAUGUAGCAAAACAUCUGAACGUGGCAAAUAGCGAUAUGAUAAGUAUAUUAAUCUUCUGUUUUUCCCGUCUUUACAUACAUACAUACAUAUAUCACGUCUAUAUCCCUUGCGGGGUAGACAGAGCCAACAGUCUUGAGAGGACUGAAUGGCCACGUUCAGCUGUUUGUCUUAAUGAUAGAAUUGAGAUUCAAAUAGUGACAGGUUGCAAGCCUAUCGCCUAAAAGAAGAAUCCCAUUAUAUGCCUAUCCCUUAGUCGCCUUUUACGACGUCCAUGGGCACGAGAUGGAGUGGUCUUAUGCUUUUUUUUAAUGAUGCCGGGAACCACACGGCACUGCAUUUUGUUGGUUUUUCCCGUCUUUAACCCCACCAAAAAGCUAAAAAUAAGUAGAAGUACGAGCUACAACUAUAUUAUGUUUGUGUCAGUGUUAAUUUUACAUGAAGUAGUUUUUAGACUAGAUUAAGGCGGCAUGUACCUUCCACCUAGGUAGUUUAAAACCAAAUGUAUUUUUUAAGAUAGAUGCAAAAUGUACAUAUUAAUUAGUUGUACCUAUUGUAUA